AUGGAUAGAGCAGAGCUGAUUGAGGAGCAGAUAAAGCUGUCCCCGAGUAAAUCGCCGAAGAGAUUCGUUCAGACCGGACUGAUCUAUCCAUCCGAUGCAGAGUUAGAAUUGAUCGAUGAUACAAUCAAAACUAAAGAUCGGUGCCAGAUGACAUACAGUCUGAUCAAAUCAUAUGGCUUGUUGAAUCGCAUUUACAUCCACCGAGUCGACCAAUGCCCAGCCAAAACGAUGUCACUGGCCCACUCAAACGAAUACCUCCUUGCCCUUCAAAAAUCAAAAGACGAAGAGUACGAGGAAAAAUACGGGCUCGCAUACGAUUGUCCUCCGCGAGACAACCUUCUUGAGCGUGCUUCUCUUCUCGCUGGAACAUCAUUAACCGCCGCCCGGUUGUUGACCGAGAAGAAGCGAAAAAUCGUACUCAACUGGUGCGGCGGCUGGCAUCAUGCGUUUGAAAACAAGGCCAGCGGAUUUUGCUACAUCAAUGACAUCGUCAUCGCCAUCAAAACCCUCCAGACUUUCAGCAAGAAAAUCAUGUACAUUGACCUCGAUCUCCACCACGGUGAUGCGGUUGAAAAAGCGUUCAAGAAUUCAGAAGUUCUAACGAUUUCCGUUCAUCAUUACGCUGUCGGUUUCUUUCCUGGCACUGGUGGACCGAAUGAUGAAGAGAAAGCGACUUUUGCGGUGAACAUUCCUUUGCCAGAAUUAAUCGGGGAUGAAGAAUGGGUUGCUUUGACAAAGUAUUCGAUCAAGAAAGCUUUUUCUAUUUACAACCCGGAUUACGUCGUCUGCCAGGCUGGAGGCGACGCUCUUUUCAAUGAUCCGCAUAAAUCGUUGAGGGUGACGCAGCAGGGCUAUCUUGACAUCAUCCAAUACCUCAUUUCCACUUCCUGCCCUUUGAUGAUCCUCGGUGGCGGAGGAUAUAACGUUCCAGCCACAGCAAAGCUUUGGACGCGAAUAACCGCAAUGUGCUCGUUUCUCAAAGUCCCAGACGAAAUCCCCGACGAAGAUCAAUUUUACUUAGAAUAUUUCCCAAACACCAACUUGAAAGAAUCAACCACUUCCGACACUGCCAAGAAACUCCCAAAUGAAGAAUUUGCUGCUAUUACUAAACAUAUUGAAGAAGUGUUCGAAAAUAUUUCGACUUUUUACAAACGAAAGUCGCCGAUGAAGGGGCCGGGAAAACCUGCUUUUCGAUCGAAACGAAGAAAACUUUGCUUUGAAUAG